UUUCUUACCUGUAUUUAAUACAAUAUUCGCCAUUUAAAAUUUUAGUGUACACACACCAACAACAGGGGAGAGAAAACAAAAACCAACCAGAGAAGAGAAAAGAAGAAAAAAGAAAGAGAAAGGAAUGGCGUCGUCCUCUUCUCCCUCCUAUUCUCCCGCAGCGCUCUCCCCGUCCAAGACCAGCGCAGGAGGAUCGAAAUCCCCGGCCAGCGGCGACGCGGACCGAGGUAAGAUGCAGCAGCAGCAGCAGCAGCCCUGGGAGUGGAAAUCCGUCAAGGCGCCGAGAAAUCCCGGGGAGGAGUUAGGGUUUUGCAGCAGCGGCAUCAGCGGCUACAGCCCCGGCAAAUCCUCGCCGGGCGGAGCGCAGGCGCGAUCUUGGGAGGAGAUGGACGAGGACACGAAAGAAGCGGCGAAUUCCUCGUCUCCCAUGGCCUUGAAGCUCGGCAAGAGGACCUACGAGGAGCAAAAGGCGUCGCCAGCGCCAGCGGCGGCCGGAACGCCUCCUCCAUCCUCAACUCCUCCGGCCAAAAAGGGGCGGGGCUGCUCGCAAACCAGCGUCACUCCCAAGUGCCAAGUCGAGGGCUGCCAGGCGGAUCUCUCCGGCUCCAAGGACUACCACCGCCGCCACAAAGUUUGCGAAGUCCACUCCAAGACUCCCAAGAACACUGUCAAUGGCCAGGAGCAAAGAUUCUGUCAGCAAUGCAGCAGGUUCCACUUGCUGCCCGAGUUUGACGAGGGGAAACGGAGCUGCCGGAGACGUCUCCAGGGGCACAACGAGCGCCGGAGGAAGCCACAGCCCGACGCUCUAGCUGCUUACAACAUGGGAAACGCUAGCUUCCAAGCUGCUUACCAAAGGCUCGGCGUCGGCUCCUCGAUCAUCGUCGACAGUCACAGCGAUCACGCUCUCGGCUACGGCGCCGGCGCCUGGGGACGCCUCGGCCGCGACCAGUUCCUCAGCAAACAGCUUGUGGAGAACCUCUCCCCGGAGAAGCUGCUGCUGCUGCUCCAAAACUCCAAGAGACCAACCGGCCUCCCGACGAUCUCCUCGUCGUCGUCGACAACAGCAGCAGCCAUCACGGCGUCAAACAGCAGCAUGGCCAAGCCGGACCAGAUGAAACUCUCGCUCUCCUCCUCCUCGGGCGGGGGUGGAGGGGGAGGCGGCGGAGGACUAAGCCCCGUGCUCGACUCAGGCCGUGCUCUCUCUCUUCUGUCAUCAGACGCAUGGACAAAGUCUCCAACAAGCUACGAACUCUCGGCCGGAUCAUCUGCCUCGACAGCUAUCGGUACUCAAAACACUCAAUACAUUCUAACCUCUGCUGCCAGCGAUGGAGGGUCUCCAUCGCCGAAAGCUCAAGCUCAUCAACAGCAGCAGCCUCAUCAAGCGGCUCAUCAAGUUCACCACCACCAUCACCGGCACCAUCAGAGCUUCCAAUCGCACGACGCAGUUGGAAUGCCGAGCAGCGGAAAUUCCUCCAAGCAGCAGCAGCAACAGCAGCAACAGCAGCAGCAGCAGCAGCAAAGUUUUUCUUCACUCGGCAUGAACAGGUUUUGAAGAGAAAUGGGGAGACGGAACGAUCAUUCCAUUUGAAAAUAAGCGCUUAUAUAGAACGUGAUGUGUACGGUCAAAGAAAUGUGUACGAGCAAAGGUUGGCAUA